CAUUUCAAUCAGUCGUCGUUUUGCUGUUGAUUUCGUGUCUUGAUUUUUGUCUUAAUUCUCGUAACUUUCGAAAACAAAGUAAAAUGUCGUCUUCGCAAGGAAAUUCCAUGCCUAAAGAUUCUCAAAUAAUUAUUUCGAUCAUGAAUGAUUUGGGAAUACGUGAAUAUGAACAGCAAGUUUUAAACCACUUGCUGGAAUUUAACUACAGAUACACUUCACUCAUUUUGGAAGAUGCUAAAGCUUGUUCAACAUUUGCUAAUAAAGAUGAAGUUGACGUUGAUGAUGUCAAAAUGGCAAUUCAAUUGGCUCAAGACAAUGUAUUUAAUAAACUUCCUUCACGUGAUGAAAUAAUUAAAGCAGGUAAUGAAUUAAACAAAACACCGUUGCCUGCAAUAAAGCCUGCUAGUGGAUUGAGAAUUCCUCGGGAUGGUUCAAAUUUCAUACAAGCAAAUUAUAGGCUCAGAACUGAUUUGAAUACUGGAAAAAAUGUAAUGACGAAAAGCACAAAAAUAACAGCUGCUGAAAUGUUAAAUGCGACUAGACAAACUGAAGAUAUCAAUAAUACUAAAACUACUGCACAACCUGAUCUAAUUAUGGAUGAUUUAACUGAUAUCGAUAUUGAUGAGAUUAUUGGAAGUCAACAGGACAAUCAAGACAUUGACAAUGAUUUCAAUUUGGAUUCUUUAUUAUGCGACCCAAAUUCAUUAUUUUUUUAAAUAUUAUAAGCUGAAGCAAAAGAACUUUUUUUA